AUAUGCAUAGUAAAAUCAAAAAAAAAAAAAGGUGUGCAUGUUUCUACUCCUUGCGGUGAAAGAAUGCUGAAAUGUCUCCAGAGCCAGGCAUGUUUUCCCUAUGUUAGAAGAGGGCUGGGAAAUCUGUAGCUUGACCAGUUGGUGCUGGACUACAACUCCUACCAUUCCUCUCUGCUGGCUGGGGCUGAUGGGAGUUGGAGUCCAACAGCAUCUGGAGGGCCACUGGUUAAUCACCCCUGUGUUGGGACUACUUUUUGUAGUUGAUUUUUUUGUUUCUUUCCCGCUGUUAGAGCAGCUCACAACCGUUCGUUUCUAAGGCCCCUCCAUCUGCACAGCACAAUCAUGGCUCCUCCCCCCUGAGAAUCCUGGGAACCGUAGUUUCAUACAGGUGCUGAGAGUUUGUUAGGGCCCCUAUUUCCCCUGCAGAACUACAAUUCCCAGAGUUCUCUGGGGGAAGCUACGGCUGCUUAAAAGGGCAUGGUACUGCUUUGAAUAUAGAGCGUAGAUGGCAGCAGAUUGUGAACCCAUUGGAUGCCAAAUGGGGCAAAGAAAUAGAGAAGAGGCAAGAGGGUAGUGAAGGCGAUUAGGCAACUUCACGGAGGAUAAAGCUACUAAUGGCUGCAUCGUACUUCCAAUAUCAGCUCUGAAUACCAGGGGAACUGGAGAGGGAGACAGCCUUGUAUGAUGUCUUGAGCUCCUUGGAAAGAAAGGUGAGAAAAAAAUUGAAGUAAACUGAAAACAUAUCUAUUAUAUUACAUGCUUGCUGGAAGUGCCAUGGCCCAGGUGGGUGGCCGUCAAAACCGGUUAACGUAUUUAAACACCAACUCUGGACAGGCCGCACACGAGUCUUAGGUUGACAGUUCUUUUGACUUAAGGGUGGUUUUUCGUUUUUUGUUUGCUGCUUUUUAAUAUAUUGUCAGUCCAACUGUGCCCCAGUGGUGGAGCAUCUGCUUUGCAUGAAUGAAAGUCCAAGAUCUGUGGCAUCUCCCGGUAGGGCUGGCAAAGAUCACAGUCACGCUUACCAGUUUGUGGGAACAUUGUGGGGCUAUCUAAGACCAUUGCUCUGACGAAACCUCUUUCUAUCCAUGGUAUGCUAUUGAUCUUCUGAACUAGUGAGGCUCCCACAAUCCCUGACCCGUUCCCCUGGUGAUUUGCAGUGGCACGAACCGAACCACCACUCUGAACUUGUUUGCACGGUUGGAAAAUGGGUGCUUUUCCGAUGGAGUCGGGCUGCAUAGCCUCGGGAGAGGCGUCGAGCAAAGAGCUCUCUGCGUUGUACGUAGGCAGAAGGUUGAGUGGCCCUUUCAGCAGAAAAAUGCUCAGCUUUGCCUGCAAUGGCAGGUGGUGAAGCCGGUAUUAGAUUUACGCCUUCCCCACUUCAAGAAACAUAUCUUCUCACAUCUGCUACAUUCUCGGUAGCAGCACCCGCCCUGUGGAACGCCCUUCCACCAGAUGUUAAGGAAAUAAGCAGCUAUCCUAAUUUUAAAAGACAUCUGAAGGCAGCCCUGUUUAGGGAUGCUUUUAAUAUUUAAUGCUGUAUUGUUUUAAUAUUCAAUUGGGAGCCGCCCAGAGUGACUGGGGAGACUCAGCCAGAUGGGCGGGGUAUAAAUAAUAAAUUAUUAUAUUAUUAUUAUAUCCCAGUCUAAUGUCUAAUAAUGCGCGCACACAUGUUCCAGAGCCACAGGCUGUUAAACUAACAGACUGCUCCUGUUGGACAGAUGCACUGCAACAAUUUGUUGCAAGUCCCAUUUCCUUUAAGUGCAAAUCUCUACGUGUGCUUUUACCACAAACACUUUUAUUGGAAAGGUGCAUGAACCUCAUUUCAAACAAACCGCUUCUCAAAAGCAAGAAUGCACUGGUGAAUUGCAGUACAGUUUAAAACCUCUGGUUAAAAACUGCCUUUUUGUUAUGUUUAAAUCAGUACAGUACAAUGCACUAUGAAGAAUGUAGAGCCAAUUAAUAUGACGGUAUAGACCAAAACCCCAGUAACAGCCACUGGCUACCCAUUUAAAAGCAGCCUUAAAGAGGGAGGCCUUUAAGGAGCAUAUAAAGGCGUCCAUGGACCGUUUAACAAACUGAAGGACAUCAUCUUUCUAUGCUCCUCCCGAUGGUAACAUGCAGAUGCGGACAGAUAAACCCCUGCUUUAAUAAGCCGUUUACAUACUGUCUUCUCUCUUUAGCGACGAAAUGUCUGAUUACUGGAACGACGUCUGAGUACAUCACAAGUGGACUCUUUGUUACUGCAUUUGGAAUUGUUUAAGAUAAAACCUAUUUUGAAAAGAAACUACUUUUGCCAUUUUUAUGGACGUUUAUUGUUUGUUUACGGAGUUGCCUUGGUGAUAUUGUGCCAGUUGCAGUAGUCAAUGUAUCACCACCCUGUUCACUGUUUUAUUAUAAAAAAAUACAACCGGUCCAGGGGGUGGCACUGCCUGUUAGCUUCUGCCUUCUUUGUGUUACCCUUGUAGAAUCCAGCCGCUAUAGCGCCAUCUACUGUUGGACUCCCUGUUUUCCACCCUAUGAGUUCCAGCAGUCACCAACCGCUGCCACCACCACCUCAUGGAAUUGGCCUCACUCCUGGAUCUGCUACCCUGAUUGUAAGCUGGUGCCUAAGAUCCACUUCAGAGGCCCUGGUUGAGGUGGGUCUACUGCGAGAUCAGGGAUUCAGCUCACGUUUCAGCUGAGCAAAAAAAAGUAGGGAGUGGGGCAGGUCCAGGGGGGCCUGGGCAGAGUAGGUGUGGCUUGGUGUGAGUUCUGAGGGCCAGAUAAAGAAAUUCUGAGGGCCACAGCCAGCCCACUGGACCCGAGAAAGAAAUUCAGCCUCUGCUGAAGCACCUUCAGAAAAGAGGUAUCAAUUUGCAACUGUGCCAGGAUGCACAUGUACGGUAUAUAGAAUAUUCCACCUUUUCUCCAAGAAGCUCAAGGUGGUGUAUAUAGUUCUCUCUAUUCAAUCCUCACAACAACCCUGUGAGGUAGGCUAGGCUGAGAGGCAGUGGCUGGCCCAAGGUCAUCCAGCGAGCUUCAUGGCUGAAUGGGGAGUAGAUAAAUAGGAACCGCUACAGCGGGAAGGUAAACGGCGUUUCCAUGUGCUGCUCUGGUUCGCCAGAAGCAGCUUAGUCAUGCUGGCCACAUGACCUGGAAGCUAUACGCCGGCUCCCUCGGCCAAUAAUGCGAGAUGAGCGCGCAACCCCAGAGUCGGUCACGACUGGACCUAAUGGUCAGGGGUCCCUUUACCUUUACCUUUACCUCCCAGGUCCUAGUCCAGUCCAACACUCUAACCACUUUACCCAAUGCUGGAACAUUUGCAAACAUCUGCUAGCUUAUAGACAGGUUUUUCUUCUGUGCUACAGUGGUGUGGGGGGAAAUCGAAACCCCAGACCCACUUGCUUCCAUGGGGAUGUUGGCAAUGUUUGAAAUCUACCCCCGCCCUCCGCUUGGUGGUUUAUGUUCUGAUCCUAAACAUACAUGCAAAAGAGUAAGGCUACUUAAUACGGUAUAGGUGGCUUGAACCAUGCAAAGAACUGUACUGUACUGUGAAAUUGUAGGACUCUUUAGCUGCAGUUUUAUUGUAUUUUAUUAUAGUGAUGGUCACUGUGUGCCAUUAAAAAAAAAUAGUAGACACAUCUCUCUUUUAUUGAGGAUUUUAAAAACUAUGAACGACUUGUGGAGAAUAAAUUACAAGGAAGAUCAAGCUAUUUUUAUAGGAAACCAGAAGGCAGGGUUGAGAGAGAGAGAGAGGCAGGCAGUAUGGUCUAGUGGGUAGAGUCUUGCUCUAACGCUGGGGGGAUCCCGGUUCAAAUCCUCCACUGCACUUCUCCAUGAAGUUAAUGGGCCAGUCAGGCGCUUUCUCUCAGCCUGACCUACCUCGCAAGCUUGUUGUUUGAAGAUGAAGCAAGGAUAUGCGUUUGAUGACCACAGCGGUGCAUGCGGCGUGUGUUCGGCGGGGGUGGCUUUAGACUAGAGGAACCUUCGCCAACCUGGUGCCCGCCAGAUGUUUUGGCGUCCUGGGAUUCCCCCUCCCCCCCAAAAAGGACCACGAGCCAGCCUGGGCGUGGGUGCAAAGAGUUCUGCCCGACCUGGGCGGUUUUGCCGAGGAGCCGAGCUGCGCGCUCUCGUUCUCUGUGUCUCCAGCAGAGGCUGCCCUUGGCGAAAGAGGCGCGUAAUUACGCUCGUCUGUCCCGCCUCUCGGCGGGGAUCGUCGCUGGGGUCUUGCGCCUGGGCUGGCGGAGAGGGAGGAGGAGGCGGCUGCCGAGGAGGAGGCGGAGGCUGGCCGGGGAGCCCCGGCGGACGGGCAGCCGGGGCAGCAGGCGGGCGCGCGGGCCAUGGAGCGCUGGAAGGGCCGCGUGGCGCUGGUGACGGGCGCCUCGGUGGGCAUCGGCGCGGCGGUGGCGCGGGCGCUGGUGCAGCACGGCAUGACGGCGGUGGGCUGUGCUCGGAGCGUGGACAAGAUCGAGAAAUUGGCAGCUGAGUGUCAGAGUGCCGGCUACCCGGGCACCCUCAUCCCAUACAAGUGCGACCUCUCCGUUGAAGAAGAGAUUCUCUCCAUGUUCUCUGCCAUCAAGACCCUUCACCAGGGAGUUGAUGUCUGUAUCAACAACGCUGGCUUGGCCCGGCCAGAGCCCUUGCUCUCUGGCAAGACCGAGGGUUGGAGGACGAUGAUUGACGUGAACGUGAUGGCUGUGAGCAUCUGCACCCGGGAAGCCUACCAGUCCAUGAAGGAACGAAGCAUCGAUGACGGCCAUAUUAUCAACAUUAACAGCAUGAAUGGCCACAGCGUGGUCCCUCAGUCCGUCGUGCAUUUUUACAGCGCCACAAAAUACGCCGUCACAGCGCUGACCGAAGGGCUGAGACAGGAGCUCAGGGAAGCGAAGACACACAUACGAGCCACGUGUAUAUCUCCGGGACUGGUAGAGACUGGAUUUGCUUUUAAACUCCACGAUAAUGACCCAGAGAGAGCAGCAGCGACGUACGAAAGCAUUAGGUGUCUAAAAGCAGAAGAUAUGGCCAACGCCGUCAUAUAUGUGCUCAGUGCUCCACCUCACGUGCAGAUUGGCGACAUUCAGAUGCGGCCUACCGAGCAGGUAUCAUAGCAAACGGAAGAGGAUUCGCUGCUGGUGCGGCACAGCAGGGGGUGCGGAGCGCCAUUGAUCCGCUCAGGGUUUUCCUUCUGUGACGUUUUAAGUGCUGCAAUAGGAAGACUCCAUCCUCCUUCUCCCCCCAUUACUCUCCCAUUUUGAGCCGACGUCAGCGGAGCGGAAACUCAGAACGGAAAGGGACUGUUGAUUGCGGAAGUCUUCUCCACCGUGCUCCAAUUCAGUAACAGAGAAGCCGAUCCCAGAAUCCAACCUCAACUGACUUCAGGGGUGUGGGAGUUUAGGAUGUUCAAGACGGCCUAGCUGGCGUUUGAUGAAUGACUUGCCAGCUCCCCUCCAUUGCUGAAUUUCCGCCAACGUCACGUGGAGCAUUCUUUCCUCAUUGCUCUUUGCUACCGCCCCAAACUCUCGAAACAAGCCUCGGUUUCUGCAUCUCUCUCCAAUUCACCUGUGAUGAGCACUGCAACAAUUAUUCCCCCUUUGGAACUGAGGAUUCGCCUUAAUAUCCAUUUGGCUAGAAAGAUGCUUGAGCCAUGAGUCGCCAUUUUCUGCCGCAGGACGACUCUGUUUCCCACCGCCAUUUUAGCUGUUGCGACUUCCUUUCCAAAACAGAACCCCGGGAAAGGUGGUUUGGAGAAAGGGAGUAACGGUGCUGUUAGCGACCUCUAACGAUUCCCCGAUCGCAAAACCAUACUUCCCAGGGUUCCUAGGGAAGAUGGGGGAUGGCUAUGAAACCAAAUUGUUUGUGGUGAGGCUAAACCAGGCACCCCCAAACUGCGGCCCUCCAGAUGUUUUGGCCUACAGCUCCCACGAUCCCUAGCUAACAGGACCAGUGGUCAGGGAUGAUGGGAAUUGUAGUCCAAAACAUCUGGAGGGCCGAAGUUUGGGGAUGCCUCCUUCAAGGCCAGCCUUUGCCAACCUGGUGCCCUUCAGCUGCGUUGGACUACAACUCCCAUCAGCCCCAGCUGUCGUUCAAAGGAGCUGGAAAGGCACCCAGUUUGUGAAGGCUUCUCUGGCCAAUCAUGGGUGCCCGCACCACAUUUUAUGAACUGCAAAGUAAUACAACAAUUUGUUAAUGAUAUAUUUGGUUCAUGUAAAAUGUUGGGGUGUGUGUGUGUGUGUGUGUGUGUGUGUGGAGCAAACACGUUUUUAAUAGAGAGAAGUGUGUGUGUUUGUGUGUAGGGGGCAAGGGCAUCUCAUUGCUACUACCCACCUUUUUAAAACACAACAACCCUACCUGGUUGUGCAUUCCAGGAGAGGAAUAGUGUACAACGAGACAGAGGAGACUUCCAGUUGCCUGAUUCAGCCAAUCUCAAAGAACAGUGAUGGAGAUGGGCCAGCUGGUAGCUGCCUCAUGGGGCCAUCAACUUAGAUGACUUAGGCAACAUUUGCAGAGGAUGAACCCACACUCAUGGAGCCUCCAGGUGCAGAGGAAGUCUACCUCUUAACGCCAGUUGCUGUGGGGCAAACAUCAGGAGAAGGAUUUUUGCCUUCAGGCUCUGCUUAAGAGUAUCUGGCUGAGCAGUGUUGGAAACAGGAUGUUGGGCAAGACAGGGUUUUGAUCUGAUUUAGCAGCAUUCUUCUUACAUUUUGUCCACCUCUGUCUGAGGCUUUAAUCCCAAAGGCGCACAAUAGGGAGUAAACCCUGCUGAGCACAAUAGGACUUCCUUUGGCGUAAAAACGCUGUUAAGGCUCCACAUUCUGUUUGACUUGUUUAAUUUAACAGAACCACUUCUCUCCCUUGAAUUACUAGCCUUAUUUAGAAGUUAUAGAACUGUAGAGUUAGAAGUCACCACAAAUACUGGUAUCACUUCACCCCACCCUUGCUCCAAAACACUCCAAUGUGUUCUGCAGAGGUACUCUAUUAGGUUUUAUUAUUUGGUGGGCUGCCUCACACUGCCAGUUGCCUUGGUGCAAAUUUGCUGGACAGGUAUUUUCCCAAGCCGGACUCUUGGCUAUAUUUCUGCCGCUUGUUCGAAUCUCCCUUCGGGUGGGCUCAUUUGGAAUCAGGUGGACGUAGCAGCUGGGAUUCUAGCACUGCAAUGGCAAAAAUAAAGAAUAAAAGGAAGAAUCCUCUCUGUGCGUUUUAAAAAUCCCUCGAGUGUUGACAGUGAUGCAGGAAACGCUCUAACUUAUCAGUAUGUUCUUUAACUGUGAAUUGUAAAAUAAAAACAAAGGGGAAAACUGUGUUUCGGAUCUGUACUUCUUGUAAAGGGAAAAAAAUACGAAUUUAAUGAUAAACAUGAAAGAUGGAUGGGGAAUCGCAAGCCCUUCCUUCCGAACC